UGACUUGUACCUUACCACGUGGAAGAAAGAAAAACACUCCUCAAAGAGAUCAGCAAGAGCAAUUGCUCUUGCAGACCUCUCCAGUGGUUUGGGGUUAACCCCAGACCACUGAAUAUUUAAGAUAUCCUAAAGUCCCUCAGAAGCAGAAAUUAAAGCUAUUUCAAAAUUCUUCAAAAAUUUUUCAAUUCAGAUAUAAAAUAUGUUUAACAAAGACACUAACUAAUUAAUUAACAUUAAGAGACUAUUAUACAACUUAUAUAUUUUACUACUAUGUAUGGGAGGGUGGCGUAAAAUGGAACUUUUGACUUUUUAAAAAAUAUUCAUAACUCAUACACAUAUUUAUCAAUUCAGCUCAGUCUAGGCUCCUCUCAAGGGGGCAGAAUCUCCCUUUUCAUUGAAAAAAAAUGAUUCAAUUUCAUCAACAAUUCAGUCAUUCAUUAGCAUUUGAAAAAAAGUAAAAAGUGUCCAUUUAACCCCAUUGUCCCCCAAUGAUAAAUUGUAAUACAUUUAUUGUACCGUGUUACCACUUGGCCCUUGAAAUAUUCUUCGCGCUCCGCAGGCCCGUCGCGCGCAUUUAACCCCGACAUGUCAACAAAAACAAAACAUCCCCGAGGUACCCUCACUCGCGCCACCUACUCCACCCAGUAUCACCAACCCAUCGAUUCCCAGUGUCUUGACUCGGCCCUGCUAUUCCAUAAUAAGAAAUUGACAAAUCUCGGUGACUGGCAGUUGGUGGUUUGCAUCCGUUCCACCACCAGUCUCCCCGAAAUUGCUCCGCGAUACGUGUGUGAGCGAUCACCGAACGCGCCAUAAACUACACAUUCGUCUUCAAUCCCCAGCCGCACCCCCACUCCCCGAGCGGACCCUCCCUCCCAUAAAUUUUUCCAACUAUCACAGUCAUCUUCUUACCUUUUUACUCUCCUCUCUUUUUUCCGCUCUCUCACUCUCUCUGUUCCCCGAUAAAUGCACAGCGUAGACCUCAUCAUGUCGCACACGCGAAACUUGAGGAGUGCGGUGGCUGGAGGUGCGUCCGUCCACCAAUGGAAGUGCGGGGUGCGGGGCAUUGCUGGUACGGCAUCAGGCCGAAACAUUGGUAUGACAAGGCUAGUGCAAUCAGUGACCGGCAUCGUAACAGUCAAUCGUCGCACCAUGGCCGGAUCAGCUGGAAAAACUCUCACUCUUGACAAUGUUUACUCGAAUCUGCGUCGCAUGGAGUACGCGGUGAGGGGACCUCUGCUCAUUCGAGCACUCGAGAUUGAGAAGGAACUUGAAAAGGGGGCAAAGAAACCGUUCAAAGAGGUCAUCAAAGCGAACAUUGGAGACGCCCACGCGAUGGGCCAGAAGCCCAUCAAAUUCCUGCGUCAGGUACUGGCCCUGAGUGUCUCCCCAGAGCUCCUAGACGACCCCCGGUACCCGGAGGACGCCAAACAACGCGCGAGGGAGAUCCUUGCCGGGUGCAAGGGCUCCAGUGUUGGGUCUUACUCCGAGUCAGCUGGGAUCGAGGUAAUCAGGAGGCACGUGGCCAGGUACAUUCAGGAUCGCGAUGGCAUACCGGCUGAUUACAAGAAUAUCGUGUUAUCGAAUGGUGCCUCAGACGGAAUCAAGACCUUCCUGAAGCUCUUCAACGAAGAGAUAAAUGGCAAGCCCUCGGGUGUGAUGAUCCCCAUCCCCCAGUACCCCCUCUACUCCGCAGCCCUAGCCGAAUUCGGCCUCUGCCAGAUCGGCUACUACCUCAACGAGGCCAACAGGUGGGCCCUGGACAUAGCCGAGCUGGAGCGUGCCUACACGGAGUCCAAGAAGUCCUGCAACCCUCGAGUCCUCGUAGUAAUCAACCCAGGCAAUCCAACAGGCCAAGUUCUCACCCGUUCCAACAUCGAGGACAUCAUAAAAUUCGCCCACAAGAACCACCUCUUCAUCCUGGCUGACGAGGUCUACCAGGACAACGUUUACGACAAAGACAGUGCCUUCCACGCCUUCAAGAAGGUGAUGAUGGAGAUGGGUGAGCCUUACUCAAAACUCGAACUGGCGUCCUUCAUGUCGAUAUCGAAAGGCUACAUGGGCGAGUGCGGAAUACGCGGGGGCUACGCUGAAUACGUUAAUAUGGACCCAGAGGUGAUGGCUAUUCUCUCGAAGGCAAUCUCUGCUAUGUUGUGUCCAACAGUGCUCGGUCAGGUGGUGAUGGACGUCGUGAUGAACCCCCCGAGGCCGAACGAGCCUUCGUACAAGGAAUUCGUGGAGCAGAAGACAGAUGUCCUCAAGUCCCUGGCGGAGAGGUCAAGACUAGUUGUCGAUACGCUGAACACAAUUCCUGGGUACCACUGCAAUCCUUCGAUGGGAGCCAUGUACGUCUUCCCCAGGCUCGAUCUACCUCAGAAGGUUAUUGAUGCUGCUAAGGCCGAGGGGAAAGCCCCCGAUGCCUUCUACGCUUUCAGACUGCUGGAGACCACGGGGAUAUGUGUCAUCCCUGGGUCUGGAUUUGGACAGAAACCUGGGACCUACCACUUCAGGACGACUAUUCUACCGCAGGUCGACAAGAUCAAGACGAUGCUCAAUAGUAUCAAAGAUUUUCACAUAAAGUUCCUGAAGGAGUACAGCUAGGCCGCUCUGGAGAUGAUUUUUUUGGGGAUUUGAUCGGGGUGAAGUGGCUGGAUGGAAAUUCUCUGUAUGAAGAGGUUUUAUGAGAUUACGAAUUCAUCACUUCGCCACUGAAAUCAUCUGCCAUCUAAUUGUUUGUGACAUUAAUGUUAAUUUAGUUUAUCGUAUUUUGAGUAUUCUACGCUUGUAAAUGUUGGAUAUUUCGAGUCCCGUUUAUUUGUAUAUACCAAUGUAUCAUCGUUCGAUGGAAUCUAACUGUGAAUAAAGAGAACAAUAAAAUUUUAAUAUUAACUGAUGUAUGAAAUAAAGAGAUGUUGAUUAAUUUCGAUGAGUAA